AUGGCCUUGCCUGCACACCUCACAGAGACAUUCAUGCCCGCUGAAAUCGCAUUCAUGGCUGAACAACAACUCGUUGAGAUUGUACCACGCCAACAACUCGAACAACUCCCCUUGAUUGGCGGCACCGUUUCUCGCAUGCGGCCACCUCAACGUGCUCAGGUACCGCUCUGGUUGGCACUCUUGCUCAAGCGGCAAAGAAGAGCAACACUGGUCCCACCGGAUUGGAUGGCGAGUGAGUGGUUGCAGGCACGAUUGGAUGAGGAAGUCAAGACGGAUGCAGAGGGACAACCUUCUGGCUUCUCAAAACUGCCGUUACGCUGGCUAGAAAUGUCAGACUUGAUUCUCGAUGUAGCAGAAGACGAUAUCCCAGAGAGCAAUUUGGUAAAGCGUCUCCUACGUGACUUGAGAGAAGCGCGUCAAGCCAAAGCCAGAGACGGUCUUGAGGUUCUUGAAGAUCGCAUCUUGCAUCUCGACAACUUGGGACUCAUGGAAGUCAAUGAACUCAGACCGCUCUUUGCAAAGACAAUGGAUAUGUUACGACAACUCACUGAAACAAAGGCCGAGGAUGAGCCAGCAGAUGACGAUCUCAUGGCUGACGCAGGUUCUCAAAGCGACGACGAUUCAGAUUGA